CAGCAUCCAGCGGACAAGCACCACGACACGGUGAGGGUGACAGAGGCGAACACGUCGCAUCAGGAUUUUUAAAAGAUGAACACACAAGAAGCCAAAGAGUACCUCUCAAAACGUCAUAUCCCGCAACUGUUUGAGAGCAUGUUAACAGGGCUGAUGUUCCACCGACCUGAGGAUCCUCUGGCCUUCCUGGAGGUCUGCCUGCAGAGGGCCGCAGAGCUGGGCGGGCCGGAGGGCGUGGCCUGGGACAGCUUCCUGUCCACAGACAGGAAGGUCCUCCCCCCCAUCGCCCCGGGACACGCCAGAAAGGCCACCAGCAAACUGGGUACGCAGCGGCGAGGCUUCCUGACUGCAGCCAGUCAGCUGACAACAGCUGGCGGGCCCCGGAUGAACACGGGUCUUUGUUGUGAAGGCAUUUGUCCCUCGGGCAACCAAUGUCUGUCCCUAUUGUAUUGUAUUUUUCUUCUAUUCUAUUCUGUCGUUUUCUAUUCUGCAGCAGAGCCAGUUCCGGGUCCUGGUCCUGGUCCUGGUCCUGGUCCUGGUUCUGGUACCAGUACUAGUACUGGUUCUGGUUCUGGUUCUGGUUCUGGUCCGUACCGGCGCUAUGAGCGUCUGCCUCCAAUCCAGGCGCAGUUCUCCAUCGAGAGUGACUCUGACAUGACAGAGUCCACAGGGCUCAUCCAGGAAUUCGAUGUGUUCGACCCGGCCAAGCCACGCCCACCCAUCAUCUUCAUCAUCGGGGGUCCAGGGAGUGGGAAGGGAACCCAGACGGCCAAGCUGGCAGGACAGUACAGCCUGGAGGGAGUGUCUGUGGGGGAGAUCCUCAGGAACCAGCUGCUAAACCACGCCUCCAGCGACAGGAAGUGGGAGGUCAUCGCUAAGAUCAUAGCCAAUGGAGAACUCGCGCCCUCGGAGACCACCAUAGAGGAGCUGAAGCAGCAGUUUAUUCAGAGGCAGGCGGCCAGAGGCUUCAUCGUGGACGGCUUCCCCAGAGACAUAGCCCAGGCCCUCACCUUCGAAGAGCAGAUUGGCUCCCCGGGCCUUGUGAUCCUCCUGGCCUGCUCCAAUCAGGAACUCCGCCUCCGCCUGGAGAGGCGGGCCGCCCAGCAGGGUCGCCCCGACGACAACAGCCACGCCAUCGAGAAACGCCUAGAAACGUUCAAACAUAACAUCACGCCCAUCGCCAAGUACUACCAGGAGAGGGGGCUCCUGAUUCAGGUGGACGCAGACAGAGAAGAAGAGGACAUUUUCUCAGACAUCAGCCAGGUUGUCCGAGAGAGACUGUUCCCCAACUGGAUAGACACUGAAGAGAUCAGCAGUCCUGCUGAGUCGGCUGCCAGUCUGCCGGUCGCUCCGUCUGAAGCCAUCCCUCCCCCGUCUGAAGCCAGCCCUCCCCGGUCUGAAGCCAGCCCUCCCCCGUCUGAAGCCAGCCCUCCCCCGUCUGAAGCCAUCCCUCCCCCCUCUGAAGCCAUCCCUCCCCCGUCUGAAGCCAUCCCUCCCCCGUCUGAAGCCAUCCCUCCCCCGUCUGAAGCCAUCCCUCCCCCGUCUGAAGCCAUCCCUGCCCCCUCUGAAGCCAGCCCUCCCCCGUCUGAAGCCAUCCCUCCCCCGUCUGAAGCCAUCCCUCCCCCGUCUGAAGCCAGCCAUCCCUCCCCCGUCUGA